CCAUAUCGUAUAUAAGGAGCACUGACUUGGCACUGCCACUCAAAGGUACGGCAGAGACUGGCUGGAGCUUUCUUUUCCAUUUUCUGAGAAGUUUGAAUUUGAGUUUUUUGAGUUGCAACUUAAGUAUCCUCACUUGACACUAGAAGCAGUUAUCAAACCCACGGAGGCGGAGAUAUAUAAUAUUGGAGUAGACUGAGAAUAACUAUAACGCUAGGCGACAACGUAACAUAAAGUGUGGGAUAAUAGUAACUGUCGAUAAACAUGAAAACCUUACUUAUACUUGCCAUAUGCUGUAUUAUCAUUGUAAAAGCUGAAGACCAGAAAAGAAGCCUUACAGACUCACUAAAAAACCACGUCAACAAAUUAGAAACACGACAUUCAAUAAGCAAAAGACGGUCACAGCCAUGCUUUGACUACCAACUAGAGCCAAUUGGGUUUUACUGCAGGGGUACAGGUAAACGUAGAAGCCAUGCUGCGGGAAAACGCGAUGAAAAGAAAGCAGCGCCUGAUUUCGGAGUCGGUGGAUUCGAUCUUCUCGGAAAAAAAGCCGCGCCAGAUUUCGGCGUCGGUGGGUUCGAUCUUCUAGGUAAAAAAGCUGCACCCGAUUUCGGUGUCGGUGGGUUCGAUCUCCUCGGAAAAAAAGCAGCACCAGAUUUCGGCGUCGGUGGAUUCGAUCUCCUCGGGAAGAAAGCAGCACCAGAUUUCGGCGUCGGCGGAUUCGAUCUCCUCGGAAAGAAAGCAGCCCCAGAUUUCGGUGUUGGUGGGUUCGAUCUUCUUGGAAAGAAAGCAGCACCAGAUUUCGGUGUUGGUGGGUUCGAUCUUCUUGGAAAGAAAGCAGCACCAGAUUUCGGUGUUGGUGGGUUCGAUCUCCUCGGAAAGAAAGCAGCACCAGAUUUCGGUGUUGGUGGGUUCGAUCUCCUCGGAAAGAAAGCAGCCCCUGAUUUCGGUGUUGGUGGGUUCGAUCUCCUCGGAAAGAAAGCAGCACCAGAUUUCGGAGUCGGUGGAUUCGAUCUCCUCGGAAAGAAAGCAGCACCAGAUUUCGGAGUCGGUGGAUUCGAUCUCCUCGGGAAGAAAGCAGCACCAGAUUUCGGAGUCGGUGGAUUCGAUCUCCUCGGAAAGAAAGCAGCACCAGAUUUCGGAGUCGGUGGAUUCGAUCUCCUCGGAAAGAAAGCAGCACCAGAUUUCGGUGUUGGUGGAUUUGAUCUUCUUGGAAAGAAAGCAGCACCAGAUUUCGGUGUUGGUGGAUUCGAUCUCCUUGGAAAGAAAGCAGCACCGGAUUUUGGCGUCGGUGGUUUUGAUUUGCUUGGAAAGAAAGAUGCAUCCGAUGACGAAUAA